AUGUCAAAGGACACUUGGCCCUUAGUGCAAGAACGAAGACAGCUUAAGGCCAGUGGAGUGACUGGUGCCGAAUUGAAGGCCAAAACAUCAGCCGUACAAGCUGCCUCUCGAAGAGAUGGCAAUAAUGCGUUGAGUAAGAUCUGCGAAGAACUAGAGCAGCACUCUGAUAGGUUGCAGACUAAAGACCUCCAUGAUAAGGUUCAACAGAUAACUGGCCAGUUUAAACCUGAGGCAAUUGAGAACGCUCAUGGAGUAACGGUCACUGCGAUCAAAGGCAUUGUUGAUGUUUGGAGGGAGUAA